UUGAUAUUAGGUUUAAAUUUAUUUAAAAGUCUUGUAUAACCUAAAAUCACUUUAAACAUUAUAAAUAAAAAUGGAGUUAAACGAAAGAAUUUUGAAAUAUUUAGAAGGGCGUGAUAAAGUUGAUACAUUAACAUUAGCUAGUGAAUUUAAUGAAGAACAUCAAAAGAUCGUCGGUGCAGUGAAAAGUGUCGAAGCACUAGAAAUGGUUAUUUCCGAACCAGUAAAAAGUACUAAAUGGGAAUUAACGGAUGAAGGUAGGCUAGUUGCUGAAAAAGGCAGCCACGAAGCUGUCUUAUACAGAAGCAUACCUGAAGAAGGAAUUAAGCAGGCUGAUGUUAUGAAGAGUGUUCCAAAUGCAAAAGUAGGAUUUAGCAAAGCUAUGUCACUAGGCUGGAUAUUCAUUGACAAAUCAGGAGCACCAUUAGUGAAACAUAAAGUAGAAAGUAUCACUGAUACUGUGCAAGACCAUCUCAAUGAAAUAAAUAAAGGCAUAGACAACUUAACUGAUAAUUUAAGAAAUGAUUACAAAAAACGGAAGCUCCUACAAGAAAUCACAAUAAAGAGUUUCUUGUUAUCCAAAGGACCUAACUUUGCAACAUCCAUUAAGAAGCUAGAGACAGAUCUAACAAGUGACAUGCUGUUGACUGGUUCGUGGAAACAGUUACAAUUCAAACCAUAUAACUUUUCAGCCCUUGGUCAACCACCAGAAUGUGGCCAUCUACAUCCUCUUCUGAAAGUACGAUCGGAGUUCCGUGAAAUCUUCCUUGAAAUGGGUUUCACAGAGAUGCCAACGAAUCAAUAUGUGGAAAGUUCUUUCUGGAAUUUUGAUGCACUGUUCCAACCUCAACAGCAUCCAGCGAGAGAUGCCCAUGACACUUUCUUUGUAUCCUCACCGGCUGUAUCCACUGACUUCCCAAUGGAUUAUUUGGAAAGAGUCAAGAAAGUGCAUAGCGUUGGUGGUUAUGGGUCACAGGGCUACAGGUACGAGUGGAAGCUGGAGGAGGCGCAGAAGAACCUGCUGCGCACGCACACGACGGCCGUGAGCGCGCGCAUGCUGUUCGGCGCCGCGCGCGCCGCCUUCGCGCGCCGGAAGUACUUCAGCAUCGACAAGGUAUUCCGUAACGAGACACUAGAUGCGACGCAUUUGGCGGAGUUCCACCAAGUUGAGGGUGUGAUAGCCGACCGUGGACUGGGCCUCGCUGACCUCAUCAGCACUCUGGACACAUUCUUUAGUCGCCUCGGUUUCCACAAGUUGCAGUUCAAACCUGCUUACAACCCUUACACCGAACCCAGCAUGGAGAUAUUCGCUUAUCAUGAAGGUCUCGGGAAGUGGAUCGAGAUCGGCAACUCGGGCGUGUUCCGGCCGGAGAUGCUGCUGCCCAUGGGGCUGCCCGAGGACGUCAACGUCAUCGCGUGGGGGCUCUCCCUCGAGAGGCCGACGAUGAUCAAAUACGGACUCAACAAUAUAAGAGAUCUCGUAGGGCCGAAGGUCGAUUUACAGAUGGUUCAAAAUAACCCAAUCUGUAGGCUCGAUAAGUGAAAAUUAUAUAUUUGUUAAAUUAA